AUGUCGAUUAAUAUGAUUAAGAUCAAAAUGAGCGAAACAACUGUAGAUGAAGCCACUCCGUUAGUACUAACGCCGCAACGAACGUCGCUAAGAAGUUUCGAACGCUUAGCAUUUUAUUCAUUAGCAGGUAAUUUGACAUUCUUUCUCGAUUCAAAACUAAUCAAUUGGCGAUUUCCACAUACAAUCAUUGCUCCACUCAUUUUUCUCGGAACAAGUUAUAUUUCGGCUAUAGUGUUUUCAUGGAUUAGCGAUGGAAGAUUGGGUAGAGCGAAAACAAUUCUGAUCGGAUUUACCAUCUAUUGCAUCGGGUACACAUUCAUGGUUCUAUUCGCCAAUGAGCAUAUGCAUCAAAAUUGGUGUCCGGUACGCAAUAGUACAACGGAAGCAACAUCACCAGAUUUUUUUGAUGAACUUUGUAUUCAAUACAUUCUUCCGACGUUGAUUAUAACUGCCAUCGGUGUUGGUGCAGUUCAGGCGAAUAUGGCUGUAUUUGGCGCUGAACAAGUCCGAGAGCAAAGAAGUCGAAUGCGCUAUUUUGAUAUCUACUAUGCUGCAGUGAAUACUGGUGGACUUCUUGCAUUUGGUGCUAUUGCAUAUUUACAAAUCAAUAAAGGUUACUUCGUUGGAUACUUAAUUCCUGGUGUUUUGCUAUUCUUAGCAUUUAUACUUUUCGUACUCGGUUAUAAAUGUUACGUUCACGUUAAACCACAAGAUGCUGUCAUUACAGUUUUUGUUCCGGUGGUUAUCAAUGCAUUUCAAUCGUGGCGAACUCGACGAAGAACUCAGUCGGGAGCGAUCAAUCGAAAUGAACUUCAUCAUGAACAACCUAUCGUAGAAACUGAAGCCGAUAGUACAGAUUAUUUAUCAUUUACUGUUAGUAGACCCUCGUGGUCAUUUUUGGAUCACGCCAAAGUGCAAAAUAAUGGUCGAUUUCCUGAUCGAAUUGUAAAUGAUAUCAAAUCACUGAGGCGCAUUAUGGUUGUUUUCUUAUUGCUAACACCAUACUGGCUACUUUAUGUUCAAGUUGAAACAACAUUCAUUGUUCAAGGUGCACACAUGAAACUACCCACAUCAUUCAAACGCAUGCCAGUUGUUUGGCUUUCGCUUGCUAAUCAAAUGAUUAUUAUUGUUACCAUCUUUCUUCUCAAUACUUUCGUUUACAAACGUCUCCAAGCCAGUGGUCGAUCAUUUCCUAUUAAUACUCGUAUUGUCAUCGGAAUGACAUCCGCUGCACUCUCCAUGUGCAUGGCCGGUACAGUGGAAAUCUUUCGUCAGAAUAUUUGCAAGACUCAAAACUUCACGCAGAUCAUCGCUGACAAAGAGUACGUUGCCGCGAAUAUGAGUGUCUUCUUUCAAUUUCCUCAAUAUGUCGGUAUUGGUCUUUCGGAAGUUUUUACGUCUGUUGCUAGUCUCGAAUUCGCGUACUUGGCUGCGCCACAAUCAGCUCAAUCGUUGAUAAUGAGUCUUCGAUUUUGCUCUGCUGGUUUGUCAUCAUUUUUCGGGUCAGGUAUAGUUGGCCUCAUGUCGAUCGAAAAUGGAAAUCAUACUACUGAGCAUUAUCGUAACAAUGAUCGCUACUACAUAUAUUUCUUUAUUUUGGCUGGUCUUCAAAUAGUUUUUAUCUUAAUUUUUCUCGAAUGCAAUCGAAAAUUUAAGAUUUUGAAAGUACCCAAUCAUCAUCUGAGUGCCCGUCAUUUUCUAACGUCGGAUUCUGAGCCAAGAACUUCUUGA